UAUGGAUUCGUCUUUCCCGCCCGACAUAAUACCUCAAACGCCCGGAAGUGUUAUUCCAACGGGACAUUUACGGCCAAUCGGUUGGCAAAGAAGGCCUGAAGCACCCUUAAAAGAAAGAGUAGAUUUUCCAAGUCCGAGAGAAUUUUACAAUGAAUAUGUCACAAAAAAUAUUCCAGUAGUCUUUAGACAAGCAAUGAAAGAUGCUCCUGCCAUUACAAAAUGGGAAAGUGAUGACUAUCUUAAGAAAGAAUAUGGAAAUCUAUUGGUUCACGUAACAGUUAAGAAGGAACGAGCAAAGCAAAUGGAUAACAAGAAAGUUACUUUUAGACAAUUUCUCAAAGAAUACCAAUACGAAGAUUGGUAUUUGAGCAAUAUUGUACCGCAAAUGAUGACUUUAGACUUGACACUACCGAAGAUAAUGAGAUGCGGAUUUACAAAGUAUCUUUUGGAAAGUGGAUUAUGGAUGAGUUCUGGUGGAACAUCUUCUCUCAUUCACUCUCAUGCCGAUCAUAAUCUUCAUUGCUUACUCGCUGGAAGAAAAGACUUUACAGUAAUUGAAGAAAAAUACAAAGAAAUGUUACAAUACGUCAAUAAAGAACCUCAUCACGGCGCUGGCUAUUCAAAUUUGGACGUAGACAUGAUAAACAUGUUUAAAAAUAAGGAUAUUAAGAAAGUUCCUUGGACAUGGGCAACUCUCAGGGCAGGAGAUUGCGUAUUUAUACCUGCUCGUUAUAUUCAUCAAGUUCGUUCGUGGGGCAGAAGUAUUUCUUCUACGAUCUUAUUCUCUCCUACACCGACAUUAUCAUUUUCCGAUUGUAAUAGAGUCGAAUUAUCUGACGAGGUUCUCCUAAGCGAUGCAACUUUUAUGUGGACCUAUAUCAACGGAGAUAGGCAAUUGAGUAAUUCAAAGUUAAAUGCUGCAAGUUUAAGGCAUCAUUUAAUAGUUUUAAUGCGAGAACGUGGACAGCUAAAAAAAUCAAUUUUUGAUGAUUUUUUUAAAGAAGUUAUGAAGCAGUCCAAACGUCAAGAGAUAUCUACAAGUGAAGUAUGGAAGUUGCUAAAACCGGGAAAAAGAAAAUCGAUUCCCAGAAGUGAAAUUGAAGCACUAUCCGACGAGGAUUUAACGAAAGUUGCUGAUAUUUUAAAUGUUCUAGAUAUUAAAAAAGAUGAACUUUAA